AUGGGAUUUACUAAAAUUUUAUUUUUCUUUAUAAUAAUUAAAACAAUAAUUUUAUCAAUAAAUGCUUUAAGUAUUGAUAGAUAUGAACAAAUAAAUAAUACAAUAACCGUAUAUGGAUCUGGUUUUGGUAGUGAUGCGACAGUCCUUGCUUUUAAGAUUAAUUCAUCUUACUAUUCUAAAUCUUCUCUUAUAUUUGAUGUAAUUGAUACACAAGUUUCAUUUAAUAUGACUGAGAAUUGGGUUUAUAAUGGAAUGCUCCAAGCAAUCUUAAAUGGAAAUGAAGUUUUUGAAUACGGAAAUAUUGAAAUUGUUCCAAUUUUAAAUGUUUUCACGGUUCCAAAUAAUAACUUGGGAACAUCAUACCCAUUCGAAGCCACGAUUGGAGGGUACCAUUUUGAUGCAUCUUUAGUUGGUGCUGAUAUUCUAAUGGAUGGAAAUAAUAUUACCAAUUGUAAUGUAACAUCGAGAGCAAAUGAUUUUCCAAUUGGAUAUAGAUGUUUAAUACCUCCAGGGGUUGGAAGCUUUAAUAUAACUGUAAAAGUUGCAAGUAAAAUUUCAAAUUCAUUAACUAAAUGGUACAACCCCCCAAGAUCGACAAGUAUCGAUCCUGUAUUUUCAUUUUCUAAUAGUUCAACGACAAUUAGAGGAAAUGAUUUCCAAAGUGGUGCAUUUGAUAAAACAAUUGUAACAUUUGAUGGUGUUGAAGCAGAAGUUAUUUCUUCAUCAUACGAUUCAAUAGUUGUUAAACAUGACAAUUCAUUGAAACCCAUUGAUCCUGGCGGCUUUAAAACAACGUUAACCGUCGGAGGACAAAUAGCUUCCUUUCCAUAUGGUAACCUCUUUGCAUAUACAAAAUACUCAGUUUUUGCUUCAAGAGUGGAUGUGAGUGGUACAUAUACCAUUGACCUUUUAUACCCAAAUUGGAAUUAUACAGACUUGAUGUUUAAUAAUAUUAGCGUUAGAGGCUAUUGUCAAGCAACCCCAUAUCCAGGAUUGGAAAAUCAAAUGGAUCUUAUUAUAAGAUUAAUUUGUGAUUUCCCUCCUUCAAUAAAAAGUGGAAAUGCUUAUUUUACAGAUACCAUUUCAAUAUAUAAUUUUAAUAUUUUAUUUUCACCAUAUGUUUCAAUACCAUCAACUCAACAAAUUAAUGAUAUUCCACCAGAAGGUUGUGAAAUUACUCUCAUUGGUAAACAUUUCGAUACAAUAAUGUUUGAUGGUUCACCAAAUAAUUUAGUUGUAAAUUAUAAUGGUAAUAACUAUACAAAUUAUAAUUUAAUCAAUAGCACAUAUAUGACAUUUAACAUUCCAGCAGGUAGUGGUACAAAUAAUUAUUUAUUCAUUUUAUCAAAUGUAAACACAACUCAACAACCAUUCAUUGUUUCAUAUUAUGUACCUGAAAUUGAAAUAUAUUCUAUUAUUCAAAAUAAUCAAAGUUUAGUUAUAAAAGGUUCAAAUUUCUCAGAUAUUACUUUAAUGACAAUUACAUUGGCAACUAUCGAUAUCAGUUCAACAUGUGUUGGUAAUUCAACAGAUAUUACAUGUGGUCCAACAUUACCAGUCGGAGUUAAAAGUGGUGAAUUACUCAUCGAAUCACCUGGAUAUAAAUCAGCAUCAUCCAUUUUUUAUUUCAUACCAGUAAUUACCUCAAUUAAUCCAAAAUCAUUUGAUACAAAAACAUAUAAUACAUUAACAAUUACAGGUGUUUAUUUCGAAACAAUUGAUCCAGUUUCACUAAAAACAAAUAAUUUACAAGUUUUAGUAGACAAUCAAGCAUUACUAUCAGUUUUAGUUAAUCCAAAUACAAUCUCAAUAACUAUUUCACCAGGAGUAGGCUCAAAUCAUGAGGUCAAAGUUUCUGUAAAUCAAACAAGAGUUUCAAAUAUUGAAACAUUUACAUAUUACCCACCAACAAUUUCAAAUUAUGUCCAAUUAAAUAACCAGUUUGAAAUCUCUGGCGAUUAUUUUGGUAUCAAUUCUAAAGAUAAUAAAGUUUAUUAUAAUAACAUUUUAAUUGAUUCAAAAUUAACUUCAACAGGUAAUAUACAAUUUACUCUUUUAGAUAAUUUUUCAAAUGGUGAACUUUAUAUUACAGUAGGUGACCAAAAGUCAAACGUUGUUCCAACAGUUUUAGCACCAGUAAUAACAUCAAUUUCAAAGAAGCCAUAUGUCGAUGGUUCUUCAGUUAUUACAGUGAGUGGAAGAUACUUUUCAAAUUUAAAUUAUCAAACUCAACAACCAACUCCAAUGACAUUUGAAUUUACAUUAGACAAUGAUCCAAGCGACCCAAAUGUAUUAUCAUGUAAUUAUAUCAAUUCUAUUAGUUAUUCUUGUAAAUUUACAACAGUUGGAUAUGGAAAUGCAAUUUUAGUAGCAACAAAAACAGAUGAAUCAACAUCAUUAAAAUCAAAUACAUUCUCAAUUUCAUAUCAAGAACCAAAAGUUAUUCAAUCAACAUCCUUAUUCUAUCAAGUUCCAGGUUUAAUAAAUAUUACAGUAGAGAGCUAUUCUUCAAACAGUUUACAAGUAUUUGUAUCAGAUUCAGAAUGUACAAAUCCAAUUGUAUUAUUAAAUAAACAAAUUCAAUGUAAUUAUAGCGCAGAUGUACCACCAAACACAGAUGGUAAAUCAUUAAAUAUCACAGUUAUUUCAAAUCAAAUGGUAGGAAUAAAUGAAGUAUUUUAUUAUAGCAAGAGAUAUGAAUGUCCAAAUAAUUGUUCAAAUCAUGGUAUAUGUAAUUUUGUAAAUGGACAGUGUCAAUGUUCAAAUGAUUGGCAAUCAAAUGAUUGUUCACAAGAAAAACAACAACCAUUACCAGAACCUAGUGUUGAUAAUAAUGGCAAAACAACUUUAAAUGGUAAUGAUAAUAUUAAUUUUACAGUUUCUAUUACCCAUCUAAGAGAAAUUGAUAUCAAUGAUAAAACUAUUAAACUUUUAUCAUUAAAAGAUAUCAAAUGGAAUAAUCGUACUCAAAUUAGUAAAACUGAUUCCUAUUUCAACGGUACAUUUGAAAAUGAUUCAGUUCAAGUAGAAUUAGAUGUAACUUAUUAUAAAGAUGAAGAAAAUAUUGAUUUUGCAGGCGACUCAAUUUUAAUACCAUCAAAUUCAAUGAAAUAUAUAAUUUUAAUUUCAAAUUGGAAUUUUACAUCAUCAACAAAUAAUUUACAAGUAAUUUAUGAUUCUCAAACAACAGCAUACUAUGAUGAUGGUUGUGAUAUUAUUCAAUCAAAUAGUAGUUCAAAUGUAAAUGAAGGAUCAAAAAUUUCAGAAUCAGUUACAUGGUUCCAAGUAGUAUCUGGUAAUUCUGCAAUGGAUGCAAAGUUUUCACGUAGAAUGUUUGUUGAUGAAAAAGUAAGAAUGGCAAGUGUUUCAAUAUUAGACCCAACUGAUCCAUUAUAUAGCUUAACAAAUCGAUCUGAUACAUUCAAUAAAUUAAUUGCAAUCACAACUCCAUACUUUAAAUCAAAUGUUAAAUUAGAUCCAUCAUUUAGUUCAUUAAUUCAACCAUCAACAUCAACAUCAGAAUGUGAUGAAAAUAAAUGGAAAAUCCCAGUAAUCGCUGUUUUGUGUUCAGUUGGAGGUGCCACUAUAAUUGGAAUUUCCGCUGCAAUGAUUUACAAAUCAUAUAGAAAUAAACAAAUAGUUUUAAAACUCUCUUCAAAAUUAAAAAAUUUUAAAUAA